AGUGGGGGCUAUUCCGACCCCUCGGCUACACUUACUGCUAUUCCAGCUAAAAUUAAAUGAUGGCGCAAGGAUUGCUAAGGAGCUUCGUCGCCCACUCCGCUCACCGAUAUGCCCAAGGCGGAGCCUAGAUGCCCAAGGCUGCGUCUUGAUGUUACAUACAUCAAUCGUUGGAGCCAGGGGAACCACCAAGGAAACUGGAAGAUACCCCAGAUAUCUGCCAGCUUCUCGGGGCAACGAGCUGCCAUAGCAUCAUCUCCAUAUUCUCGUUUUAUUCAAGUUCACGAUAUAGAUCUUUUAUCGGCUCUAGGCCUUGCUGCUAAUAUUCUGCAGUUUGUUCAAUUCGCCUUCGGACUCCUAACCAACGCCCAAAGAAUCCAUCUCUCAGGACCCAGUCCGUCCAGCGAAGAACAGCCUGUUGAGGGGAUACAUGCGAGGCUUCUAGACUUCAAGAAAGACGCUGUUGCAAGGAAGGCCUCAUAGCUACAAUGCGGAUGAAGCCGUCUUUCAAUCGUCGAGGUACUCCGUUGCGUUAGCAGAACUCGUAGAGGAAUGACAAGAAUACUGCAAAAAGCUCCUGGGCAUUACUCGUAAGCUGCAGGU